UAUUUUCUGAUUGUUUGGUAUUUUUUUCAUGGGUGGGUUUUUUAUUCUUGCUUGUGAUAUUCUCAAAGUGGGAUUUUGUUUAUUAAGGUGGAGUUAAUUUAAUGGUGGUUUUUUCUUUAAAAAAAAAAACUGUAGUGGCUACCAGAAUGAUAUUGUCUUGUUUUUGUUUUGAAAUAAAAUUGAAAAGUUAUGGUCAAUACUUGUUUGGUUUAUCAUCCAUUUUGCUUUGCACUUUACACUUUGUUCUCAUGCUGUUCUAAUCAUUUCUUGCCAAAAGUUGCUGUUUUAUUUUUAUUUAUUUUGUUUUAUCCAUGUUGAUUGCUCGUUGUGACCAUACUGUGUUCUUGACAUUAGGGUUUUUCUAAAAAUAUCUGAUUUUGGCUUUUAUAGGAUACCAAUCAUCAUCAUUCAUUAGCCAUUCAAUGCCUUUCACAAGUUCCUUUCUCUUUUUCUUCUUCUUCUAUUCUCUUUUUUGUUUUUCUUUCUUCUCCGGUCACAGAUUUUAUUCAUGUUUCAUCUUUGUUUCCUAAGUGGUUGUUUUGUCUUUAUCCCUUUCCUUAUUAUAUUCAAGAAAAACAUUGAUUCAUAGAUAUAGGACAUACGGGAUGAUGCUUUCACCUCUGAAGAACGUCUUCCGUAAAAGAAUUAUUCCUUUAUGUGCAUUACUUUUUGAGAUUAUGGUCAGGCUUAGGAUUCAUAUUUAUAUGCUUUCAUUCAAAAGCUCUUUGAGUUAUUUCCUUUUUUCUUGUUAGUUUUUUAAGGUUAUUUUUCACUAAUUUGAUAUAUAUCCGUCUUCGCUGAAAUAUCAUAAAAUCAUUUCGGGGAAGCAGGGGACUGUGGAAAAAUAUAAGUGCUUCUAAGCUUUGUGUCUGAUUCCAGUUGCUGCUGCAGCAUUAGGAUUAAGGAAAAAUAGAGUGUUGUCUUGCAUUUUCUAGAAUUCAUGACCUUAGGGAGUGUCCAUUUAAACUAGUGGGAGAAAUGUCUACGAAAUUGGAAUCUAGGCAAAGCACGCCUAGUGUCAUUGCAAGAUUGAUGGGCCUUGAUGAAUUAACCCCUCAGCAGCCUGUCAAGAAACAGAAGAGAGUGCUCUCCGAGAAUUACUUGCACAGAGUUGCAUCUAUAGGUGUCUGGGAGAAGCGUUCAUCUCAUAAACAACGAUCAUUUAGUUCGAGUGUCGAAGAUCAAGAAGAUUUUGAGCAUGUAUAUGCAGUACAAGAAACACUAAAGAGGAAGAAGCAUUACAAAGUAUCAGUUGAAAAAAUGAAAGCAAAACCAAGCUCACCAGAGCCAAAGAUGGCAUUUGAGAGCCAGAAGGUUAUGGAUGUGGAUUCAAUGUCAGUGGACAUGGAUGUUGAGACUUUAAAGAAAGCUCACGAUCUAUCUGAAGCGGAUUUGAGAAAGGACCAUUUUCAAAGUUAUCUUCAGAAGCCAAGUUCUUUGAUUUCUAAGCAUCUUUGCGAUCUACAAGGCGUCUCUCUUAACAUGCAAUCAAGGUAUAUACCAUUAAACUCGUCAGCUUCUUCUCAAUGUGGAAAGAGUGACAUUUGCGUCAAAACUGGGUGGAGAAUUGAUUCAGGAAAUCUUAAAAUGCAUCAGAAACCAGAGCAUGCUCCUAUAAAAGGUUCUCAAGGAGAGGAUAGUCCUGAUAUCAUUAAUAGCGUGCCAAGAUACCAAGAUGAGUCAAAGAUUGGAUCAUUCUCUCGCCGUUCAAGGAUUGUUGUUCUGAAGCCAACUGCUGAGCGGUCAGAGUGUGUUCCUAGAGGGUCUUCUUUACUUCAUACCUAUCCAGAUUCUUGUUCAGGUGAUUGGAAAAACAAAGAGCUCUAUGCUGAAAAACAAAACCCAGAUUCUUAUUUGACGAAGAAAUUGGCUGAUGAAAUCAAAUUUAUCAAACAAAUGGAUAGUUUGUCAAGUGAAACCACAAAGCAUUUUCCUAGAUCGACAGAGCAUGGGACAAGCAACAAUUUCAAAAACACACCAAGUGAAAGAAACACAAUAAAAGAGUCAAAAUCCUUGAUUGUCUCUUUUCCUUAUUUGUCUCACAUGAAGAAUGGAUAUCAAGCCUCUUUUUGCAAUUCAGAUGGAUUAUGUCUCGACAAGGAAGCCAAGAAAAAUAUCUCAGAAAGAUGGAAGACAACUCAAGGGUGUCAAGAAGUUGGAUUAGCUACUGGAAGUAAGUUAAAAACUAGAACACUAGGUGAAAUGCUUGCCUUGCCUGAUAAUGGCAUGAGGCUUGGAAGUUCCCAUUUCAAGCUUGGUGGGAAGAGCAAUAAUUUUUAUACUGAAGAUAGAUCUAUGAACUCUGGUACUUCUUUAUGCAUUAGCAGUAGGGAUGGCCGCAAGGAUGUUUGCUUCCGAAAUUUAACAGUGGGAUCUCCCUCAACCUAUUCUACUGGCAUUAUGAGUCCAAAAGCUGGUAUCAAUCAGAGAACAGUAAAGACUCAAGAAUCUGUCAUUCAGGCACAGCCCAAGUUAAGAAAGUUCAGUUUCAGGAAGUUUCAGUAUGUUCCUGGGUUGCAUUCAGAAAAUGUUCAAUCAGUUAGAGGUAAUCAUGUGUUCCAAAACGAGCUAAAGAACGAAUCUAAAGGGAAGCAUUCAUCAGGACAAAAUUCUGUGCUUUCUAUAUCAUCAAGUGAUAGUGUUAUUUGCUGUGGUUCAGAAAAUACAUCAACAAGAAGUGUUACCCCAGUCAAAAUGACUACGAAUAUGGUGGCUGUCACAGAAUCUGAGGUCAUGGGCAGAUACUUUGGAAAUCAUAAGGAGCAACAGUUGGCAUCUAUGGAUAUCACUCCAUUGGUGGAAGAUGAUGCAUCUUCUUAUCAUUCCCCAGAAGCUUCAGAUCAACAGGAUUUGUUGAGCAGAAUCUCUGAUGAAGGUUCUGUUUCCUCAAAUUUCUCUAGCACAGAUUCUGAGUCCUCCUCGAAGUUGGAAGAGGCCUACCAGCCCAGUCCAGUUUCAGUACUUGUACCACCUUUUGAAGAUGAGAUCUCAGUAGGCUCUGAAUGCUUCCAGGGUGUCAAUUUGGAUGGUGUAAAAUGGCGACUUGAAAUUCUGAAAUCAGAAUCCUCAGAGACAUUCUCAGAAGGAUCCGGUAUGAUUGUGUCUAGUGAUGAUGAAGAUAUUGGGGAAACAUCAACAUGGGACUCAGAAUGCAAAGAACACAAAUGUGUAAUUAAAUUGUCUGAAGUUGAAAGCAGGGAUUUCUCAUAUAUAAUCGAGGUCCUAACUGAGGCAGGUUUCAAUGAUGGGAACCAGGGAUUUCAUAAGUGGCACUCCUUGGAAUGCCCUAUAAAUCCUAGAGUCUUUGAGAACCUAGAGAAGAAGUAUGGUGAGCAAACAUCAUGGAAGAGGUCAGAAAGGAGGCUUUUGUUCGACCGGAUAAAUUUAGGACUGCUAGAGCUUCUACGGCCAUGCAUGGGCAUGUCUACGUGGACGAAGCCUGUAUCAAGAAGGCUCAAGCGAGGUCUGAAGGUAAUUGACGAGCUUGGAAUGUUGCUUGCGAAUUCAGAAAAACAAGCAAAAGCAAACACAUCCAUGAAUGCACUAGAGGGAAGGGGCAACAGUUGGUUAGAACUGGGAGAUGAGAUUGAGAUAAUUGGUAGGGAAAUAGAGAAUUCUUUGAUUGAUGAGCUAACAGCUGAGGUUGUUAGCAGUGAGAGUUUUUGAGUGAUAGUUGUCUUUUGUUUUUCUUCUGAUUCUUUGGCAGAUAAAUUUUUUAUCAUCGAAGUAUAAAAGAGAGAGGAAGUAGUGUUUUUGUUGUCUGCUUCUUUGUUAGAAUACUAUAAGGAUACAUGAGAGAGAGUUGUACAUAGGAAAAGUUUUGGUCUAGUUUGGUCGAGUGAGGUUUUCGAUUUAGCGAGAUAUAAACAUUCAUCAAGUUUUGUUUCGAUUUGUUGGUAUGUGAAAUACUACAAUCUACGUGUUGGUGUGAAACAUUUGAACAUUGCGAUAGCCAGUA